UUUUCUCAAUCCCUUUUAUAUCGCAGAAUUGGUAGUAUCAAAGAUACCGACGAUUCGCAAUUUCAAAAGUUCAAAAGUUGAGACUUAUUUCACUAAUCGUCUGGGUGUUUUCCUAUUUGGAAGCCCAGAGAAACGGGUCAAGUACACACGAAACCAGAAACCGUCCCACUUCGUCGCUUAUUAUUCUACGAACGGGAAAGGGAAAAGAAAGAAAAGCAGAGGGAGGGAUCUAUACAAAUCUGAAAUUAGUUUUGAGUAAGAGAUUGUGAAUAUGUCUGGAUACAGAGCUGAGGAUGACUACGAUUACCUUUUCAAGGUGGUUUUGAUUGGCGACUCCGGUGUUGGAAAAUCCAACUUACUUUCACGAUUCACUAGGAAUGAGUUUAGCCUCGAGUCCAAAUCCACCAUCGGUGUUGAGUUCGCUACAAGAAGCUUGAAUGUUGAUAGCAAGGUCAUCAAAGCUCAGAUUUGGGAUACUGCUGGACAAGAAAGAUAUCGUGCAAUUACAAGUGCGUACUACCGAGGAGCAGUAGGAGCACUGCUGGUGUACGACGUGACAAGAUAUCCGACAUUUGAGAACGUGGAGCGGUGGUUAAAGGAGUUGCGGGACCACACGGAUCCAAAUAUCGUGGUGAUGCUUAUCGGGAACAAAUCCGAUCUUAGGCACCUGGUGGCUGUACAAACCGAUGAUGCCAAAUCAUUUGCGGAAAGGGAAUCACUCUAUUUCAUGGAAACAUCUGCUUUAGAUGCUACCAAUGUGGAGACUGCAUUUGCAGAAGUGCUUACACAGAUAUAUCGGAUCGUUAGCAAGAAAGCCAUGGACGCUGCUCAAGAUACUACGCUUCCAUCCAAAGGUGACAAGAUUGAUGUCGGGAAAGAGUACGUACAAAAGAUGAUUGACUGGAUGCAUUGUUGGUCUCUAUUUCGUUGUUUUAUUGUACCUUUGGGCUAG